AUGCAAUUGUUGCGUUGCGUUGGUUCACCUGAAAACGAAUUCGAGGAAUGGCGGAACGAUACAUUGAUCGACCGACGAAAUCGUCGCGUAAUGAAGGCGCGCGAUAGUCUGGCUCUUCCGGCUGAGAACAUUUUUGACUGCGGCAAAGAAAUCCGCCCAACACAAACGACUUUCAAACGAUAUAUGGUUAGUAAGUGUAAUGCGGAAGAGAGUUUGCAUAAAUUUGAGACAGCAUAG